AUGUAAAUAGUAUUAAAAGUUCAAAUUAUAUUCAAAGCAAAAUAGGUAAAUCAAGUCGUAAUUUAAUUAAAUAAAAAAGAACAUAAAAUUUAACAAGGAAUGUUAAAAGUAUUAAUAACUUUGUUACUUAUUUCAGUUGCAAUAGCUGAUAUUUGUAAGGUAGAAGACUAGCAAUAUCAGUUGCCUGAUAUUGAAAAUUGCAGCUAUAUUUCAUAUUUUAAAUUUGUUUCAACGAGCGAAUAUAUUAGCUAUAGUUCAACAAAUGGAUAAUUGAAUUUCUACAACUUUAUUACAUUAACCUUAAUUUAGUAUCAAUAGACAAUUCCUUCUGCUCAAGUUAUAGAAGUUGUUGAUGAAUAAAAAAAAUUGGUUCUAGUAGUGCUAAGCGAUAACACUACUUAAGUAAUAGAUAUGAUAAAUAAUAGUAUUUUUAUUGACUUGGGGGUUAAGAAUGAUAUACAUAUUAUACCUACAAAAAGAACCACUUAGAUCAAUGAUGUAGUCUAUAUUUUAAAAAAAUAAAAUAAUAUGUAUAUAUUUAAUCAGUUAAUAUUGGAUAAUAGUGUUAAUGUUAAACAAGAAAAUCCCCUACUAAAUUUUGAAAUGAACACUGGAUCUUUUAGUUACUGCAUUAAAUAUGAAAAUUUUAUUUAUGCGCUGAUUAAUGAUAGCUCUAUGAGCUUUUUGAUAGUUUUCAAAUAAAUCAAUAAUAGUUAUUAGUAGUAAAUUAAAUCAUAAAUAAGCCUUCUUAGAAAUCCAAAUUAUAUAUAAUCAUUAUAGAUUGAAAAUAUUCUUUUAAUCAGUGAUUUAUAAAAUUAAUAAUCACUCCUCUUAGAUUUAAAUACUUUUCAAGUUUUAAGAAUGAUAAACUUUUCUUAUUAUUGCCUAUCUAAUGAUUAAUUUAUGUUCUUCUGGCAAUAUCAAUAUUAAGCAACUAAAACUCCACCAAUCUAUAAAGUUUCAAUUAUAACAAUCGAUAAAUCUAACUGGUAAGUAGUUUCCAAUUUAGAUGCUUUUAGUGCAUUAUAAUAGAAUAAUCUAAUUUAAUUAUAAAUGGCUUUAUAGACUCAAGAUGAAAUACCAAUAAAUGAGAUUUCUCUUUUUUAUUUAAAAUGUUAUAGUGAUCGUACUAUAUUUAAUGGAUUUUUCAAUUAUAAACCUAAAUUUUCUGGUUUGAUCAAGCCUGUAAAUUUAAAGUCUACACAGUAAAAUCCUCUUACAAUUAAUUACUCAAAUUCUAACAAAUUAUUAGUUUAUUCAUCAACUGAAAUUUUUAUAGUUGAUGCUGAUAGUAAAUCACUAACAGACUACUUUUAGUUUCCUUCUUUAAAUAUCACUUAUGCUACUUAAAUAGAUAACUAAACUCUAGCAGCUGGUAAUUAUGAUGGGAGUAUAUUUAUAUUUAAGUUAUUGUUAAAAGAUGGGACAAACUAAAGAUAUGUGGGUUCUUAAAUAACUGUUAAAUUUCAUUCUUCACCCAUUAUUUAAAUAGAAGUCGAUACUAAAAGGUUAACCAUCUAUUCAUAUAGUUAAUUAGGUCAUUACAUAACCUGCAAUCUUAAGAAUGGAAAAUAAAUUGCAAUUUAGUCUAUCUCAUAAUUAAACGUUGAUACUAUAUCGGUCAUUAAAUAUAUUUCAAAUUUUGACAUUGUAUUUAUAUUGGGAACUAUGAAAGGAUAGACUUUAUUACAGUUUUAUGAUGUUUCACUUUAAUAGCUAUUAAAUAGUUUAGCUUAAUUUAAAUAGCAGAAUUACAUUCUUAAAUCGUUCUAGCUUACUACUUGCAAUUUUGUUCCUUGCAUAUUAAUUAUGUUUCAAGUUUAAUUAGAUGCAUAGGUUUACUAGAUAUUAUUAACAAAUAACCCAUAAAUAAGUUAAUAGACUACAUUAAAAAAUUUAUACUUUGGUUCAACUUACAUUUAAUACUAUCCCAUAAACUUGAUUGAUAGCACCUCAUUCUUACUUGAAUAAAAACGUUAUAUUUAUAAUUAACUUAAUUUUAUAUACUACUUUAAUUCUAAGAGUUAAUCAUUAGCUCGAUAUGGACCUAUAGAUAGUACUUCUUAAUCAAUUAGUUUGAAUGAUAAAAUGUUUAGUGUAGUUGCUUUAAGUGAUUAAUAUCCAAAUAUUUUAUUUUUCUUAAGCUAUUUUGGUAUUGUGUAAAGUUAUGGAGGAUGUGACGAAAAAUAUUUUAAUUCUCUAUCAACAAAUCUUUAAUUUAAUUAUUCUUAUCUGGAUCCUACUCCCAUAGAUUGCUCAAGUAAAAUAGCAAAUUGUUCUUAUUGUUUUUUAAAAACUAGUAAAAAUAUCCCAUUUUGUACUCUUUGUUAAGAUGGUUUUGUGUUAUUUACUGAUUAAUCAGGAAAUUAAUAAUGUGUUAAGGAUUGUGGUAUCGGAUAUUACGUAGAUACUCGCUUGAUGUGGUGCUAAUAAUGUUCUCCAAUAUGUAAACAAUGCUCAGUAACUUCAUAAAAUUGUACAGCAUGUGACAACAAUCUUUACGUUUUCAACGGAAAUUGCGUUAGUUUUUGUUAGGAAGGGUACUAUAUAGAUAAAAAUGUAUGCAAAUAAUGUGACUCUUCUUGUCUUUUCUGUUAGAGAUAGAGUGAUAAUUGUACAUAAUGUGCUGUAGGUUAUUAUCUAAAUAGUUUAAAUCCAGCAAAAGGUGAAUGCAUAAAGUGUGAUAUCUUAUGUCAAUCUUGCACAGAUAGCCCAACAAAUUGCAAUAAAUGCAUUUAAGGAGUUUACUUAAGACAGUAAAAUUAAUGCUCUAUUUAACCAUGCCCUGAUGGUUAUUAUCCUGAUGUUAACUUAGGAUCGUGUUAGCAAUGCGAUUAAAACUGUAAUUAAUGCGAAAAAAACUCUACUUCAUGUACCUCAUGCAAAAAAGAUUUUUAUUUAUUCCAAAGUAAAUGUUUUUCAAAAUGUUUCAAUGGUACUUAUUAAUCAGAAGCACUAAAUGAAUGUAUUGCUUGUACGUAAAAAAAUUGUAUGAAUUGCUCAUAGUCAACUUAAAAGUGUGUAUAGAUAGCACCUUGUAAAUAAAAUUAAUUUUAUGAUAUUCUAUCUUAAUAGUGUUAGGAUUGUGCUUUACCUUGCAUGACUUGUAACUAAUCAGAAAAUUAAUGUGAAAGCUGUAUUGAUUCAUUCGUAUUUGUAAAAGAUUUAAAAACUUGCAAUUUGAGGUGUCCGUCGAGAUAUUAUCUUGAUUCAAGUAGUAAUAUUUGCUACUAGUGCCCAGAAGGUUGCUAAGAAUGCACUUCUUAAUAUACUUGUACAUCAUGUAUAUAAAAUGAUUCAGUAAUUUAUAUAUAAGUUGGAGUAUAGUGCUUAAGUUAAUGCCCUAUGUCUUUCUAUAAAAGUAAAUUCUAAUGCCUUCCUUGCCAUUCAACUUGUCUAAACUGCUCAGAUGAAUCAAAUUUGUCGUGUACAGAAUGUGGAAAAAAUCUAUUUUUAUAUAAAGGAUAAUGCUUGAAAGAAUGUCCUAAUGAAUUCAUAAAAGAUUAUUUAUCUCAUUAGUGUGUUCUUUGUGAUCCAACUAGUAGUGGUAGUGAAUUUUCUUGCUCAAAUAUGAUUAAUUUUAAAAUAAUUUAAAAUAACUACUUUACGAACAGACUUAUGCUCUUAUUCAGCUAACCUAUCUCAAGUAAAUCAGCUAAUCUACCUGAUUAUAUUGUUUUCUAAUUUAGAGACAUUGAUCCAUAAUACUAUAAGUACAGUCUAAUAUAAAAUGAUCCUUAAGCAAUAGAGUUAAAGUUUGAAAUUGAUCAAAGCAUACUUUAAAAUGUUCUUUUCAACCAAAUUUACUAGAUUAGAGUAGUUAAUUCUACUUUUUUAAAAGGAACUUACACAAAUUCUAGCAUAUUUUAAAAUUAUAAAACAACUGGAUCUAUUGGUGUGAUACUUUCUAAUUCUUUAAACUAAAACAUUGAGGAUUACCAGAAAAAAAUAUAGAUUUUUAUAUAUUUCUCUCUUGGGCUGCUAACAUUGUUUUUGCUAAUUUUUUCCUAAGUUAAAAUUUUGGUUGAGUCGAUAGUUCAUUUAUAAUAUUUGAUUUUAGCUUUAUUGUAUAUUUCUCCUCAAAGUCCAUUUAUGUACUUGAUAGUAAAAGAAUUGUUCAAAUUUAACUUUUACGGGAUCUCAGUUAUUAUUGUUGAGUAAAGCAAUAUCUUAGGAUAAGAAGUUAAAAAGUAUUAUGAAACAGGAGACUCAUACAUUUUCGGAACUUAGGUCUCAACAAAUCAAUUCUCAUCAGAAAAUGAUUUCUUAACAUCAAAUUUUAUAGCAAAUAUUUUGAGAAUCAUAGAAUGGUUUGCUAUUUUAUCAGUUUUAUUUAUUUUAAUUGAGAUAGUAUCAACUAUUACUUCUCUCGAUUUAUUAAGGUCAAAAGAAAAUACUUUUAUGAAGGGGUACAAUACAUUUUGUAAAAUUAGCUAUAUUCCUGUACUAUUUUAUAGUUUCUUUUAGCUUAAGUAUUAUGAUGACUCUCAAUUCAUUAAUGUAGUAAGCUACUUUGGAAGUCUAUUAUUAGUAGCAUAUCUAGGUAUAGAAAUUUUGAAGAAAGCACUAAGAAAUAAUAUAAUAGAAAAUAUAGUAGAAGAAUUUCAAAAAUUCAAAAUUUUAUUGGCUAUUAUCCUUGUAGUGUUUUUUACAAACCAAAAAAAAGAAAUGUUGAGCAUUUUGUUUUGUUUAGACUUACUAGAUAUAAUUAUUUCUUUAAAUAGGAUUAGAGGAUCUAAAGAAAGCCAAGUUAAAUAUUGUACUAUAUCAAAGGUAUUUAUCAAUGGGGUUUCUAUGAUUAUUUACGCAUUAGCAAUUAGUAAUUACUUUUAUCAAGAUCAAAAUAAUAAUUAUAUUAACAUUUUAGACACAUAGAUAGGAUUAAUUUACUUGAUUUUUGCUUUCUUGUAUUUAAUAAAUAUUUUGGUUCUUUUAAUUUUUGUUAGAGCUUAUCAUAAAAAAGAAAAAGAAUUUAUCAUGUAAUUUUAUUAUUCUGACAAUUAUAAUACCAAAAAACAAAGAGAGAUCAAACAAAUUUGCUAAGACACAAAAGUUGAUGAUUUGAGAAGCAAUGAAAUAAAAUUGAACUUUCCAACAACUCAAAUGCUGCACAGCACCAAUGAUAUAAAUUCAAAUGAAUAUUAAAAAAAGAGGAUUGAUAUACUUGAAGAUAAGAUUCAAAGAAUAUCAAAAUAUUUUGAGUAGAAAAACUCAAAUAUGAAUAACAUGCAUUUUAAUAAUGAGCUUUCCCCAAUUUUAAAUGCAAAUUAAGGCGUAGAUGACAGUCCUUAAAUAAAUAUAAAAAGAAGAUAAGAAUCUGUAGAAUAAGUCAUUCAUUUUAGUUAAAGUAAUGAUUAAGAUUAUAAUUUUAGCAAAGAUGAAAUAAAGAAAAGCGAUGAUACAUCUAAAAGCCACCAAAAUAGAUUUUAAGAUGAAUAAAACGCAGUUAUUUAAAAUAGUUGA